GUUUAAUAUUAGGAAGGACAGAAUAUAUCUACCAAAGAUAAAUGUUUAAACGAAAAGAAAUCAAUGUUAUAUUAAACAUAACAGAAUGAACGCGCAAGCUACAAUUAGUCCAUUAAAACUGAUAACAACACCUGGUUUACAGAUACAAGACGAUCAGAAUAAAGUUCCAAUGAUUACAGGUCCCCCAGGAGAUUUGAAUAACGAAAAGAAAAGGUGGCUGAUUAUUGGGAUAUGUCUGCAUACGAUUAUUUCUCCUCUGCUGAGAAAAUAUGUGGAUCCUAUUAUAAUUAAUUUGUACAAAUCAUUGGUAUUUAGCGACUCCAUUGAUACACAGGAUUAUCAUACAUAUCUAAAGAAAUACCCGGGAACAAAUAAAUAUUUUCUUAAUUAUGAAUCAAUAAACGACAACAGGAAAGUACCGAAGAAAAAGAUUAACAACGCAUGGAAAGGAGAUUACCAGAGAUAUAAUUAUAAAGUAACAAGCCAUGUGGAUUUGUCAAAGUUGUUCCUAAAGCCUCAUUUGGCUCAUUACUCGGCAAUUGAUGAGUCAUGUGACUCGUCUGCUCUGCUUAGCAUGGUCAUUAACAUCAGUUCGUUUCCACAAACUGUGCAGACUGAUGCUGACAAGAUACGAGUGGACAUACGCAAUUCCUGGGCGCAUUGUGACUUUAGAAAUUGGACUAGAGAAAAAUAUAGAAAUUGUUUCCAUAUAAUGGGCCAAUUCGUCAAGGAUCUUAGUCUGAGUGACACCGAAAGGGCAAGAAUCUUGGGAGAACUCAAAACAUGGGUAACAAACGGUCAGAACUAUUUUCUGAGUGAAACAAGACUUGGUGCUAAGAUAGCGGAUGAAAUACGUCAACAAAUUCAUGUUCUCGGAGAAUAUGUACAACAUGGUUUAACUGAAACAGACAUUCAAAUUUUCAAAGUGAAAGAAGAAUUACAAGAUUUAGAAAACGGUUUACAGGAAAAGAUAAGAAACUUAGAAAAUAAAACUAAGGAACACGAUGAACAAAUAGGUAUUAUGUGGGAAGAAAUCAGGAAGAAACGAGUCGAAGAUCGUUAUUCAAAACAUUUUGGAGGUUCGACAGUCAGGGCAGAAGAUAAUGAAAUACGAAUAGUACUUAUUGGACGAACAGGACACGGGAAAAGUGCAACAGGAAAUAGUCUUUUGGGUCGCAAUCGUUUUCUAUCAAAACCUAGUGGUUCUUCAGUAACGGAACAUUGUGAACUCGGAGAUACUAAACGGGAAGGGAAAAACAUAGUUAUAGUUGAUACACCCGGUUUAUUUGAUACGAAAACGACGAAUGAAACUGUUACUAAGGAGAUAACAAGAUGUAUUGCAAUGACAUCACCUGGCCUUCACGCAAUGGUCCUUGUUGUUAGUGUCGGUCGAUUUACGCAGGAAGAAGAAGAUACAGUCAAACAUUAUGUUGAUCACUUUGGUGUAGGUGUUCUUUGCUAUAUGAUUGUACUUUUCACUAGAAAGGAUGAUCUUUCGAAAUCAAAUAUAUCGAUUUAUCAACACGUUAAAACUGUUCCGGAGUAUCUUAAAACAAUACUUGGUAAGUGCGGGGAUAGAUUCCUUGCGUUUAACAAUGAAGCGGUUGGACAAUCUCAAUCAGAGCAAGUUGAUUCCUUUUUUAAAAUGGUAGAGUCGAUGUGCGAGAAAAAUGGCGGAUCUUGUUAUACAAACGAAAUGUACGAAGAAGUAGAAGAUGCACUACAAAAGAGGAUGCGAGAUGAUAAGGAGGCAAAGGAAGAGCAAAUGAAAGAAGAAACAGAAGCAAAAACAAAACAAAUACAAGAUAAAUACGCGAAAAAACUAGAGAAAGAAAAAGAAAUUGUUCUUGAAUUAAAAAAUGCCCUAGAAUCGAAGAAUAUAGAAUCGGAGAUAGACAAAAAAAAUCUACAAAAACAACUCGAAGAAGCAAACAAAAAACUUAAAUCAGAGUGUAAGAAUAAGGAAAAAGAAUUACUGGAGCAAAUAAAGAAAACUGAAAACAAAUUUAAACCAAGAAUGACCGAAAAUGCGUUGAGAAGGAAUCAAAGAAAUUAUUUUGAAAACGAAGCACCAUUUUGUCAGAUAUUAUGAAACGAUUAGUUUCUUUUGACAAAUUGUUUGGUUUGUAAAAAGAUGAGUUUAGAACAGAAUGAAAGUUUAAUUCAAAAUUAAAAAGAAUAAUGUGAAAUUA